CACUGCAUUCACCCUUCAGGGUUGCUGGUCAUCUCAACAUUCCCUUUGUCUGUCUUUUCUUCAUCCAUCUUUUGUUAGCUGCGAUAUGUCCUAGACUUGUCGUUGGAGCGUUGAGUGCACCAAUACUAACAGUGCACAUCGCGCGCGACGUGGACCCGUCACUACGCAUCGAGCUUUUCCACUCUCAACAGCUCCCUGCUACAUACGGUGGCACAGAGUGCUGAAGCGUGGUAGCCAUGGCGGCAGCUACGGUAGACGUACCAUUCUUAUCUACACAUUAUUCGAUCCCAGAGACGACUCUCACUACUCUCACCCAAGCUCCUACCGUCGAUCUUGUCAAUCAACUGCUGGAAAGCAUCACCACCAAGGCGCGUGAAUAUGACGAAUUGAAGUCGGAUAAGCUGCGUUUGGAGGUGGAGCUUGAAAAUGCUGUGCGCACGAGCGAGUCGAAAAUCAAGGUUCUGAAGGGAUCAGUUGAGAAGGGACUUGCAGAGAGAGCAGACUUGCGGACAAAGCUGCAGGAAGCAGAAAAUGCGCGAGCUAGCUUGGAGUCUGAGAUCGCGACUCUCAAAUCUUCCUCGACUUCGAAUGAGUCCGAGGUCAGCACCUUGAAGUCACGAAUCAGCUCGCUCGAAGCAUCUAAUCGGGAUACGCUUGCUCUUCUUGAGUCGAAGACUGCAGCCUACGACAAGCUCGCGGAGGAACUUUCAGCCCAACAUAAGAAGACAAUCGACCUGCGACGUGAACUUUCGACGGCCGAACAGAACCUCCAGGCCGCCAACUCCGCUUCCGCCAGUGCUAGAUUCCGUGAGCAGAACUUGCAGCAGGAACUAGACCUGACGAAGAGGAACAAUGAAUGGUUCGAGACGGAGCUGAAGACCAAGUCAGCCGAGUAUCUCAAAUUCCGCAAGGAGAAGAGCGCCCGUCUCUCGGAGCUUCAGCGUGAAAAUGAAGAAGCCAACGCGACUAUCGACUCUCUCAGGCGCAAUGAAAACUCCCUGAAGAGUCGUCUCGACGAAGUAGAACAGAAGUACGAGGAGUCGCUCGCGACCAUUCAGCAACUCAAGGAAGAGGCUAUUCAGGCCGCAGAAUCGUUCAGAAUCGAACUCGAUAGUUCGAACCGUCUUGCUGAACUCCAGGGUGCCGCUGCGGAGACAGCCAAACAACGAGUGCAGGAAUGCCAGCUGGCUCUGGAGAAAGCAAAGGAUGAUGCGGCGGGUGAAAUAUCUAGACUGCGUGUGGAGAUCGAAAGCGAGCAUUCCGACAAGGAGGCAGCGGAACGACGUAUCGCUGAGCUUGAAUUGACUGUGAGCCAGCUCGAGACAGAGGGCCGAACCCGGUCUUUGAGCCCAACUCGAAGCUUGAACGGAGGUCCAGCUACACCACUUCGUGCGGGCACUCCUGUUGGAACGUUCUCUCCCCGGACCUCAAGGACCAAGGGCAGCCUCACUCUCACGCAGAUGUACACAGAGUAUGACAAGAUGCGGACAAUGUUGGCAGCAGAGCAGAAGAACAACCAGGAGCUUAAGGCAACUCUGGAUGAAAUGGUUCAGGAUCUUGAGUCCAGCAAGCCUGAAAUCGACGAAUUGCGCGCAGACCACGCAAGGCUCGAAAACGCCGUUGUCGACAUGUCUAACAUUUUGGAGUCGGCUGGAAAGGAGAGAGAUGAAGCUGUUCGCGAAGCAAGGAAGUGGCAAGGACAGGUUGAAGGACUUACCCGUGAAGGAGAGAUCCUUCGACAGCAGCUCAGAGACCUCAGUGCGCAGGUCAAGGUUCUGGUGCUCGAGGUUACCCUUCUUAGAGAAGGCGAGCAGGAGUAUGACAGGGAAGAACUUGAGAAGAUUGCCCGCAAUGAAAUCGACGAAUCCAUGGCCGAUCUCACCGCCACUGGCCGUUUCAUCAGCCGCAAUCUCACAACCUUCAAGGAUCUCAACGAGCUUCAGCAGCAGAACGUUACUCUGAGAAGGAUGCUUCGCGAGAUAGGUGACAAGAUGGAGAGUGCCGAGGCGCGCGAAAAGGACGCUGCCUAUAUACAAGAACAGGAAGAGCUCAAGGAACUUCGUAUUCGGGUUCAGACAUAUAGGGAUGAGAUUGCCAACCUGGUUGCGCAGACAAAGAGCUACGUGAAGGAGCGUGAUACAUUCCGCAGCAUGCUGACACGCAGACGCCAGACUGUGGGUGAUGCUUCUGCAUUCUCCCAGUCGCUUCCUUUCGGUGCAACGCCCCCUACCGGAGAUGAACAAGCCAGGGACAUGACUGAUUAUGGAGAGCUGCUUCGUAAGGUGCAGGCUCACUUCGAUACUUUCCGACAGGAGACGGCAACAGAUCAUGCGUCUUUGAAGCAGCAGGUCAAUGAGCUGUCAAGGAAGAAUUCUGAGCUCCUGAGCGAGAUUAGCCGGUCGAACAGCCAGCUUACUGCGGCAACCCAGAGGGCCGAACUUCUUCAGAGCAACUUCAAUAUGCUGAAGAAUGAGAACUCUGAACUACAGAAGCGUUAUGCCACCCUUAUGGAGAACGCCAACAGGCAGGACAUCAAGACCCAACAGGCCGCCGAAGACCUGGUGGAGGCCAAGGGACUCAUUGACAGCCUGCAAAGGGAAACCGCAAACUUGAAGGCGGAGAAGGACUUGUGGAAGAGCAUUGAGAGGAGGUUGAUCGAGGAUAACGAAUCCUUGCGCAACGAGCGCAGUCGUCUGGAUUCUCUGAACGCCAAUCUACAGAAUAUCCUGAACGAACGCGAACACACCGACGCCGACAGCAGGCGUCGCUUGCAGCUCAGUGUCGAGUCCCUCGAAUCGGAACUGCAGUCUACAAAGAGGAAGCUCAACGAGGAGUCUGAAGAAUCGAAGAAGGCAGCACUUCGCCGAGAGUACGAGCACGAACAGAGCCAGAAGAGAAUUGACGACCUCGUCACCACUCUAGGCUCGGCCCGCGAGGAGCUGGUGGCCGUCAAGACCACCAGAGAUCACCUACAGUCGAGGGUCGACGAGCUCACCGUGGAACUGAAAAGCGCAGAGGAACGACUGCAAGUUUUGCAGUCGAAGCCGAGCGCUGCCCCCUCAGCUGCACCAGCCCAGAUUGCCGAGGCAACCGAGGAGAGAGAAGAAGGUAUGGGUCUCACUCGUGAGCAGGAACUGGCGCUUGAAGUCUCUGAGUUGAAGCGCGACCUCGAGCUGGCCAGGUCUGAAUUGGAGCACGCCAAGGAGCAGGUUGAAGACUACAAGGCUAUCAGUGAGGCAACGGAAGAACGGCUACAGUCCGUCACUGAGACUCAGGAGCAAUACAGGGAGGAGACUGAACGCCUUGUCGAGGAGAAGGAAAAGAGGAUCCAGGAUCUCGAAAAGCGUAUCGAGGAGAUCACGUCUGAGCUAUCUACAUCCAACAAUGAGCUAUCUAGACUUCGCGACGAACAAGCAGACGCUGGUCGUCGUCUAGAGGAACAGAAAGCGAUGUAUGAAGCGGAGGUUGCCAGACUCAAGGACGAGGCUGAGCGCCAGCGUACUGCUGCUCAGUUCCACCAGGAGGACCUCAAGGCUCAAGCAGAGAUCGCCCAACACGCACAGCAGAACUACGAAAGCGAGCUGCUGAAGCAUGCUGAGGCGGCCAAAAAUCUCCAGACAGUCCGGGCUGAAGCCAACACCUUGAAGCUUGAAGUUGUUGAGUUGAGAACACAAGCGGAGACGGCAAAGAAGAAUCUGUCUCAGAAGGAAGAGAGCUGGACCGAACUGAAAGCAAGAUACGAGAGUGAGCUCACUGAGUUGCAGAAACGCCGCGAGGAGGUCCUUCACCAGAACUCCUUGCUGCAUAACCAACUCGAGAGCAUUACCAACCAGAUAUCGACGUUGCAACGGGAUCGCGCCAACAUACAGGAGGGCGAGGAGGAAAGCGAAACGACAAGCUCCAACUUGGAGGGCCUGCAGGAGGUUAUUAAAUACCUGCGGAGAGAGAAGGAAAUCGUUGACGUACAAUAUCAUCUGUCGACACAAGAGAGCAAGCGCCUUCGACAGCAGCUUGAUUACACUCAGUCGCAACUCGAUGAGACCCGUCUCAAGCUGGAGCAGCAGCGCCGUGCGGCCGCUGACAGCGAUCACAACGCACUGAGCCACAACAAGCUCAUGGAGACAUUGAACGAGCUCAACCUGUUCCGUGAGAGCAGCGUUACUCUUCGAAACCAGGUGAAACAGGCCGAGGCUGCUCUUGCAGAGAAGUCUGCUCGCGUCGAUGAGCUGGUCCAGCAGAUGGAACCUCUGGAGACUCGGAUCCGCGAACUUGAGAAUGUCGUAGAGAUCAAAGACGGAGAAAUAAAACUUCUCCAGGAAGAUAGGGAUCGCUGGCAGCAACGAACCCAAAAUAUCUUACAGAAAUACGACCGGGUGGACCCUGCCGAGAUGGAAGCUCUGAAGGAGAAACUCGCCACGCUGGAAAAGGAACGAGACGAGGCAGUCUCAGCCCGCGACAAUCUCCAGGCACAGGCGGCAACGUUCCCAGAGCAGCUCAAACACGCCGAAGAGCGAAUUCAGGAUCUACGUGCUAAACUCACGGAACAGUUCAAGGCUAGGUCCAAGGAGUUGACGGGACGUAUCAAUUCUAAGCAGCAGGAACUCAAUGCUGUGUUGCAAGAGAAGGAGGUUAUCCAGGAAGAACUGAAGACGACACGGGAGGAGCUUGAUGAACUGAAGAAGAAGCUGGCAGAACAACCAGCGUCGGUGUCGGCUCCUGUGAGCGCCGAGAAUGGAACGAACAUCAACUCUACUCCUGCAUCUCAGUUCCCUACGCAGACGGUGCAAGUGACAUCCGGGGCUGAUGAGGAGAAGGUCAAGGCUCUGGAAGAGAAGAUCCAGAGACUGGAGGCGGCUCUCGCGGAGAAGGACGCGCAGGCCGAGGCCAAGAUUAAGGAAAGGGUAGAUAGGAUGAAGGAGACGUUCAAUCAGAAGUUGAACGAAUUCAGGAACAAUCACCGACAGGAGAUCGAGAAGCUCAGGGCCAGUCAACAGCAGCAAGGGCAGCCUCAGGAGCAGGGUACACCAGCUCAAAAAGCAGCAGAGGCUCCUGCAACUCCCGCUACCCCAGUCAAGGAAGCGGACGAUAGCCUGCCCCAGCUUACUGACAUCCAAGCAAGGAAUCUGGUUGCCAAGAAUGAAACCAUUCGAAACAUUGUUCGCGCGAAUAUCAGGACAGGGAUUGCCAAGGAGAGGGAACGACAGGAAGCUCAGCAGGCUGCUCCUGCACAGAGCCAAGAAGCUUUGGCGGAGCUGGAGAAGAAGUUCAACGAGGAGAAAGAAGCUUUGAAGAAGGCCCACGAGCAGGGAGUGGAGGAAAAGAUCAAGUCUGCUGUCGAGCUAUCUGACAAGAAGACUGCCGUGAAGAUGAGCAUGCUUGAUACACGAUAUAGAACCGCACAAGCAAAGAUUGACGUGGUCCAGAAGGCCGCCGUUGAGACACCACAGAAACCCGUGGUCGAAGUCUGGGAGGUUGCGAAGAAUGCCAAAGCAGCCCCUGCUGCGCCGGCUCAAACACCUAAGCGGCCUCCUCCCUCGCCAGCACAAGGCCAACCUCAAGCAGCCGCUAGUGCUGCGCCGUCUCCCGCUCCCACUCCUACGCCUGCUCCUACGCCUGCUCAGGCUCCUGCUCCUGCUGCUGAGGCCCCGUCUCAGGAGCCAUCUGCAGCUCAGGAGCCUCAACAAGUAGCUCCUGCGCAGGCUCAGCCAGCUGCCACUGCACAAGAGGCGGUGCAACCACAAGAGCAGCAUCAAGCGCAGUCAACUCAACAAGCACAACCGGCACAGCAGCAGGCCCAGGAACAGCAGCAACAGGCUGAAUCCCAACCUCAGAACCCCUUUGGACAGUCCCAACAGAACCAGCAACCUUCUGGCCUACCGAACAAGCCCCCAGCCGGGACUGGCAUUGGUAACCACCCUAUGGCCGGUGCAAACGCGCUGAGGGCACUGCAGUCCGGCCUCCCCAUUGCUAGGGCGGGAAGAGGAGGUGGACGUGGUGGCAUGCAACCGCAGAACCAACAGCUGCAGCAACAGCAGCAGCAGAAUCCGUUCGGCCCCCAGGCAACGCAGCAGCAGCAGGCACAGGGCCAGGGCCAGCGUGGCUCUGGACUGCCUCGUGGCCGGGGUGGACGCGGCGGUGGCCAAGGUCGGGGAGGACAACAAAAUGUCCAAGGUCAAGGCCAGUCGAACAGAGGCGCAUUGAAUGCUCAGGCUCGUCAGUUCAUUCCUCAAGGCAACAAGCGUGCAAGGGAAGAUGGUGCUGAGGGCAGCGUCGAUGCCGGAGCAAAUGCAGGCAAGAGAAUGCGAGGCGGUGGCAAUGCUAGAGGCUCUUAGAGCUUGCCAUCCCUGCGUCGGUCUUCUAAUCAUGUUUCUUUCUCCCUUCUCUGCUUGUUUUCAGUCGGCGGCAAAAUAUGAUAUAAUUUCCUUUGUUAAUGUUGUGCAUUUCUCGGGUUGAGAUCUCACCCAUAUCCAUCUUGUCAUUUCUGCAGUUACAUCAAUCAUGGCGCACUGACUGAUCGUUCUAUCUGGUAUACAAUUUACGGUGUGGAAGUUACGAGGUUGAGAAGGGCGCCGACAUCUUCUACAGUGUAUAGUAGUUUA